AUGAUUGAUAAUACUCCAGUUAAUAUUGAUGCUAAAACAAUUAGUCCAUUCAAGAGUGUCAUUACUUCAGCAGGCACAUUACAUGAAGAUAAUCAAACCAUUGUAAUUGCUAUUUAUGGUUGUUGGUUACCUGAUCAUCGUCUUAGAGAAUAUCGCUAUAUUAUGGACCAACUUUUUUAUUAUGUUUAUCAUAAAUUAGAGAAAUUAGUUACAAAUGAUUAUGUUCUAAUUUAUUUUCAUGGAGCAACACCAAAACAUCGAACACCUGAUUUAAAAUUUCUUCGUAAAUGUUAUCAAAUGAUUAAUUUUCGACUUCGAAAAAAUCUUCGUUCAGUCUAUGUUGUACAUCCAACACGAUGGCUUCGUACUAUUAUUGCUCUUUCUAGACCAUUUUUUAGUAAAAAAUUUUAUCAUAAAAUCAAUUAUUUAUAUACAAUUGCUGAACUUGAACGACAAUUUCCUCGUAAUCGUCUUUCAAUUCCAGCUACAAUAGAACAAACGGAUUGGCUAUAUUCUCAAAAAUAUGAUCGUCACAAUGCAAGCAUAAAUCGUUCUAUUGCACAAUCAAUAUCUCGAUCUAUGGUUAAUAAUGAAGAUGAAUCAGCUGCUUAA